AUGAAAGGGAAGAUGGGCUCUAUGAUGGCUGAUCGUGGGCCAGAAGAAAAGAUAUUGCCCGUGAGGAGCAGAUUGGACCUUGAUGAAUAUAUUUCAACUGCUAAGGAGGCUCCAAAAACUAUACCCGAGCCCGAUUUGAGAACCCUUACUCAAGGCCCGCUGAAAUGCCUGCUACUAGAAACUGGGAAUUAUGAGAAAUCACUUUCUCUGUGGAGAUGUCUCUUUCAUACGCUGGAGGACACAACACUCCCUAUACCCCACCAGGCUUCCGUGUGCAAUGCUAUAUGCGCAUUUCUAGAGGCUGCACUAACGGCAAAAGGCUCAGAAGUGUGCCAGUUUGCUCGAUCUCAAAAAACUUGGCUUGCCGUAUUUGAGGUAUACCUCGAUCGGUUCGAGUAUAGCCCACCAAAGCCUAUGAAGCAGAUUCUAGCCACUCUCACAAAUAUUCUAGCUACUCACUCCGAUCCGGAUACUGCAGGUUCUAUCCGCUCUUAUUUGAUUGACUCAGUGGUGAAAACCAUUUUACUAGCCGAACCCUUGACCAGGCUAAAGGCAUCAGUGGUUUCUCUCCACUUUCUUAUUCGAAAGGAGGCUUUCCCCGCUGUAGAUCUAAUCAGUCAUUUACAGAAAUGGCUUCAAGCCAAUGUCAACAGCUGGACUCCAGUUAUAGGCGAGCAUGCAACCAACGUUGGGCUUGACAUCUCUACCUUUACCGGUAGCGGACCCUCAGUCUCCGUAGAGGAGCAGGGUACGAUAACCGCGCAGCUAUUAUGUCUAGUUCUCUUACUACAUCUUCAAAAUGCGAAUGUAGUCACUUCUUCCGGCACCCUUCUCUCUCAACUAUGUUUCAAGCUGAAAAAGCAGUCUGAAGAUGGCCUGUUCCAGUAUUCUACUCCAGGAAACGGUGCUCCGUUUUGGGCUGCUCCCCUCAAGUAUUUAUCACUUCGGAACCUUGACAACCUUGAUGCAACUAUAAGCCUCGCUUUUCAUUUACUUUUCAGGGGCCAGCCAGCUGAAUUUUCGUCUUUCCUUGACGUUCUGCCUCUCCAAGAUUUGCUAUCAGAAAACUAUGGCGAGACUGGCACUGCUGAGUUUGCACUUCUUAUCGCCGUUCUUGAAACAGGAAAGGAGCUCGGACUAGUACAUGAAGAUCAAGCUCCCAGUUCAUCUUCCCCGGACAAACUUCUAGUCCUUGAAAGCCAAAAGCUACGGCUCCUUUUAAUACAUUCAAAUGCCAAAAUCAGAGUGCGGGUUCUAUCUUUGUUGAUAUCUGCACCAUCUACUACCAAGCCUUUCUCUUCCGAUGCUCUACUAAUCCUUAAAGAAAUGAUACCUUUCAUCCACGCUGAGGCAGAUGCUCACGUCCGAAGCGAGCUUGUAAGCAUGAUCCGGAAACUUACUGUUCGGCUCAGAGGCGGCUCAUCAACCUGCUCGCCGGCUCCAGGAGUGGAUGCGACAGAACAGGAGUCUGCACACCUUGAUGCACAAUCAUUUAUAUCUUGGUAUAUAGAUUUCCUACAAUCCGAACUUAGACCAAACGCCUCUUAUCAAACGCACAUUCUUGCUUUGAAAGCGUUAGCAACUAUUAUCCAAUCCGGCCUUGACCCCAGAAUUGAUCCCACGAAGCUCUCAAAAAUUGGCAGCGACCAAAGAAAUUGGCCGUUUUCCAGGGACAUAUUCACAUUUAGCCUUUUCAGGGCAUUGGGGGAUUUACUAACCAAUCCUUAUGAAGAAAUCCGAAUGACCUCCCUCUCAUUACUUGGGUUAUUCCCGGCCUCCUUCCUAAGGCCCCAAAAUAUUGCCGACACUGAUUCUGGUAUCGAUGGAAGGACGCAUCGCCACCCUUAUAACCAACUAUUGGAUGCCCUAGCCAGGGCAGAGGAGAUGGCAGGCCAAACAAGCAGAGCUGAUCAUGCUGAUGGCGUAGCCCGCAUCUACCAUCUUUUAUUUGAUCUGGCCGACACCGGGCGUUGUCCUGGACAGCAAAUAAUUGUUUACGACUAUAAGUACGAUAUAGUUGAUUCAAUACUCACCAAACUAGAGAAGGUCACAUCUUUAUCCGAUAUAACGACGUUGCGUAAUACUCCUAUCCAUGGCCAUUUAUCUGCACUAAGGUUCGUACUCCCAGUUUUCGAUACUACCACCGUAUAG